CAGGAGUGCAGUGAGUGAACUCUCGACCUACCAAUGAUGUCCGUCCUCAGCAUAGCAAGUCUAGCGCUUCUGCUGGCCUUUUCGGCGGCAGAAAAAGUCGAUGAAGCCGUCAAAGUCGAUGUUUCGGAUGAAAUAGAAUCUGCAGGGACCUCACUUGGUCUCGGAAACUCCAUUGGAUUCGGCGGAUUUGGCGGAGGCUUUGGACUCGAUUCCGGUGAAAUCGGGAUUGGGAGCUCUAUUGGAUUAGGCCAUGGCCUUGGAGGAGGACUCAUUGGAGGAGGAGGAGGGCUUGGACACGGAGGAGGAGGCCUGAUAGGAGGAGGAGGGUUCGGACACGGAGGCGGUCUUGGAGGCGGCAUCAUCAGCGGUGGACACGGAGGCGGUCUUGGAGGCGGCAUCAUCAGCGGCGGACACGGAGGUGGCAUCAUCAGCGGCGGUCACGGAGGCGGUCUUGGAGGCGGCAUCAUCAGCGGCGGACACGGAGGCGGCAUCAUCAGCGGCGGUCACGGAGGCGGUCUUGGAGGCGGCAUCAUCAGCGGCGGUCACGGAGGUGGUCUUGGAGGUGGCAUCAUCAGCGGCGGACACGGAGGCGGCAUCAUCAGCGGCGGUCACGGAGGCGGUCUUGGAGGCGGCAUCAUCAGCGGCGGUCACGGAGGCGGUCUUGGAGGCGGCAUCAUCAGCGGCGGUCACGGAGGCGGUCUUGGAGGUGGCAUCAUCAGCGGUGGUCUUGGAGGCCUCGGUGGUGAUAGCAUUGAAGUAGGAAUUGGAGGUGGACUCGGAGGUGGACUCGGAGGUGGACUCGGAGGCGGACUCGGAGUUGGAGGCGGACUCGGAGUUGGCGGCGGACUCGGAGGCGGACUCGGAGUUGGAGGCGGUAUUGGAGGUGGACUCGGGGGUCUUUACGGCCAACCAUACUACAAGGGUUCUCUCUACCACGGUCUCUACCCCAAUGAAUACGUGACAGGCAUCUCCUCCGGGUACCUGGUAGAUGCGUACUACAACGUAGAUGGCAGCUACGGCGCCGCUAAUGGCUUCCCUCUCUACUCCCUGGGUGCUGGCUUCUCUACCCUCAACGGAAAGCUCGGUGGCCAUGGGCACCACACACUCAGUCUUGGAGGGAUCAGUGGUGGUGGUCUUGGAGGCGGUGUAGGCCUUGGAGGUGGUGUCGGCCUUGGCGGUGGUAUCGGAGGCAUUGGUGGAGGUUUCGGUGGCAUCGGUGGAGAUAUCGGUGGAGGUUUCGACGGCGGUGUCGGACUUGGCGGUGGUGUCGGACUUGGCGGCGGCGUUGGGUCCCUCAGCGGUUCUUACGGCGUUCCGAAGGUCAGCGUCAGUUACGGCCCUCCAAUCAGCAAAAAAUUCUGAGCACCGGGACUUGGUGCAAGAGCAGGUCCUAAGAGAGUCAACGAGAUAACGAUUAGUUUAUAUGUAUAUUUAAGUCCAGUUACAAGUAUAUUCUUUAUUUUUGUGUAUAAUUUAUUCCAUAAUAAAUAUGUUGUUAAUUAA